AUGAUGUCUGAUCUAUCGAAUACCCUUCGAAAUAUGAAGUUCAUGCAGCGAACUUUAGAAUCUCGAAAAAAAUCUUUAAAAAAACCAUCAGCAACAACGUCUCAAACAGUUCCCUCUUCUCCAUCAGUCAACGUUCUCAUCAUCACGCCCGACCACCCCGGUUGUUGGCGUAUCAUCAAAAACGAGCUUACACCUAUCCCUCAAAUACCAACCACAAACUCCAAUCAUCCAUCGAUAACCUAUCAUAAUAGCGUUUUCUCCGUUCACGAUCGUAAUUACACAAGACUGUCUUUCCAAAAUUAUAACAAACGAAUCGAACCCUUGAUGAUCAAAUAUGGCCUUAAACAAGAUGUAAAUCCUCUAGAAGAUGGCGAAAUCGACCCGGACGAUGACGCUGAUGAUGAAAAUAAAACGAAAUCGAUGAAUGAAGAUGAACUACCUAGACAUUCGACGACAUUAGGAAAAACCAUGCGAAAGAAAUUCAAUAAAAAGCAGUUUACACGCCUACAAUUCGAUGAUAAAUCACGUAUUACAAAACGCAAACGAAGAACACGUGCUAGAACUUCGAGAGAUUAA